GUGAUCGAUUUCAUGUUGAGUAAUACAUGGAACAGUAGUCAAUAUCUAGCCCAAACCAAUCCAAACAUUCAAUUCGUAUACAAUGCAACAUUUAACGAAGAUGGUCAAAACAGUACAGAUACUCAACCUACAAUCGUUUCAAUCAAUGUCAAAGAAAGACGUCAAUAUCAAAAAAUGGUUGGUCUAGGUGCAGGUGUUACGGAUGCAACUGCAAUCAUUUUGCAAGCUCUAAAAGCGAAUCGACCUGAUGCUUAUGAAGAAAUUUUGAAUUUAUGUUUCAACGAAUCACCCGAAUGGAUUGCAAAAGGUGGUGCAGGAAUGAAUAUGAUUCGUUUGCCAAUCGGUGCUUCGGAUUUCGGUUUUACCGAAUAUACCUAUGAUGAUACAGUUGAUGGCACACCCGAUCCAACUUUAUCUAAUUUCGAUAUCAAUAAAUCACCAAAACGUUGGCAAACAGUCCAAGAUAUUCUGAAAAUCAAUCCAGGUCUCAUCGUCAUGGCAAGCCCAUGGUCACCUCCUGCAUGGACGAAAGGCAAUACCAGAGGAAGCCUUCAAGGCGGUUCAAUCUUACAACAAUAUGAAGGUGCAUUUGGUGAUUAUCUUGUCAAGUUUGUCAAAACGUUGAAGGAAAGCAAAGGUAUCACCGUAAAAGUGUUGAGUUUACAAAACGAGCCAUUGUAUGAUGGAGCUAAAUACCCGUGCUCAAAGAUGUUACCGGAUCAACAAGCUCGUAUCGGUGCCCUUACUCGUCAAAAAUUGGACGCUGCUGGAUUUAACAGUGUUAAAAUCUUAGCGUACGAUCACAAUUGGGACAAUACCGAAUAUCCAAUCGACGUUUUUGAUGAUGCGGCCGAAGAUUUUGCUGGUGUAGCUUGGCAUUGUUACGGAGGUGAUCCAUCAGGCCAAGAACCGUUCAAUGAAGCAUAUCCUGAUCGAUGGGUUUGGUUUACCGAAUGUACCCGAAUCACGCAAUACUACGAAGAACCAUGGGAGAAUAUCAAAAAGCAAUUCUCUCAAAUUAUAAAAGGUUCAAUCUCUUACAACUCACAAGCUGUCAUCCUUUGGAAUCUGGCUUUGCAAAUCGAUAAAGAAGGUUUCACCGUUCCAUCAUUGCCUCAAACCUGCAGAAAUUGCUUGGCUCCAAUUGUCGUGUAUGACAAUUCUACAGGUCCCGAAUUGGAGGGAAUGAACCGUGCUGCAAUCGAUUCACAAAAGAACCGAAGAAGUUUGACUGGUCCAACUUUGAAUAACGAUAAUGACCUCUUCCAAAUGUUCUCCAAGAGAGAUGAUGCAAAAAAUUUAGGUGUACUGAUGAAUGCAGCAAGUCUGAGCGAUGCCUCAGCCAUGAACCAAGGUGCUGAUAAUGAAGGUUCUGUCAUCCCACCAACGCGCGAUACCAAUUAUCGUACUUCGGAUUACGUCACUCUGGCCCAUUUAGGUGUGGCCAUUCGUCCACAAAAGGAUGGUGAACGAUGGGCACAACGUGUUGGAGUGGUAACAAGUGAAGAUGAUCAUAGUGGACCAGUGGUAAAAGCACAAUUGUUCCGUAAUAGCUUAGGCAAUGGCUCUUCACGUUGGUCGGUCAUCAUUCUUCAACAAUACGAUCAUUAUGGUUAUGACAGAGCAAAAGCUGAAGAUAUCACCUUCCAACUUAAAUUCAGAAAUUACGUUGCAACUUUUGUUUUACCGCCCGGUGCAUUCACCCUUCAAUGGACUGCUGAG